UUUGGCCCCCUCAGGGAAAACGUCUAAUUUUGGCCCCCUCAGGGAAAAUGUUUGGGCACCCCUGAUCUAAAGAAAGCCUUCGGCUCCACUGAUCACUCCUCUAAAAGCUGAAUCAACCUGGCAUUAGAGGACCAUCUCUACAGUGUAUCUAGUUAUCUGAAUAACAGGAAACAGUUUGUUCAGGUAAAUGAUGUGAGAUCUGAACUCUGUAAUAUUAGUUGUGGAGUUCCUCAGGGUUCUGAGCUUGGUCCUGAACCGUUUCUUUAACAUGUGAAUGACUUGCUGAAUCUGUUUGCUGAUGACUCAACUCUGGUGGAAACAUUGAACAGAUGUUGGAGGUGAUGCAGACAGAAUUUAAGGUACAAACUUAGUUUCAACUUAUUGAAUUAUCGUUGAAUUUGUAUAAAACAAAUGAUAUUUAGUAAAUGAAAGAAAACGAUCAAAGUUCUGUUCAUUUAUAGAGUGAGGUGAAGUGUUUGGGUGUCAGCAGUGAUGAAAUGCUGAGAUGGAAAUCUCAUAUAAACUACUGAAGAUUAAAAUAGAUAAAUAAGAUGGGUUACUGUUUUAAAUAAGAGUUAUUAAAUGAUAAAACUGUGUAUUCUGUAUGAUAUGGUAAUUGUUCCAUAUUUAAUUUGUCGUACUGAAAUCUGGGAAAACAUGUAAAACAACAAAUCCUGUUUUUAUUUUACAAACUAAGGGUGAUUAGAAUUCUCUGGUCAGCCAACCAAUAGUUAAAUUAUUUUAAUUUCAUGAUUUGGUUGAUUAUGGUUGUCGUGCUCUGUGUGUGUUUGGUUUAGUUAUAUUCUAUGUUCUUUGUGUUUUUUAUGAUCUUUGGUUUUAGUUUCUGUUCUCCUGUCUUGUCUCUCAGUUUCACUCUCAGCCUGAUGUUCUGAUCAAAUGUGCAGGAGAGGAUGUGCAUCAUCAUCAUCAUCAUCAUCAUCAGUAUGCUGAUGCUGUAGCUAAAGUCUGCUGGGUCAGAGUUCCUGCUUGGUGGCUGCUUCUUUCUGUCAGGGCUCUGAGGAGAAGGAAGUCAAAGCUCAGGGAGACAUGGAGGAUCCAGCUUGAUGGUGUGAACUAUUUGAACCAGAGAGGAAGUGAUGACAGGAGACCAGUUAGAUACAGACAGGGAGAGACCAGAUGAGGCACACCUGGAGGAGGACAGAUUAUAAACCGACAGGUGAGAGUGUUUAGCAGGCUGAGGGUGAAACUGAGAAUCAGCCCAGAGAACAGAGGAACAGAAACUAAACCCAAAGAGCCGUAGACCAGAACUAAACCAAACACAUGGACCAUCACAACGGUGUUCAUGUAUAAAGCUCAUAAAUUACCUUGCUUUGAUWCAAAGUUUGUUGUGUUGACAUGAAAAUAAACACUUCUACACAACUAGUGAUGUUUGAAAAGUUAAACUGAUUGUGAGUUCACAGAGUCGGUGACAGGUAGAGCUGGGUGUCAUCAGCGUAGCAGUGCUCUUCAUGUCGUUAGGUAAAAACUCGUUAAGGUUCAGGGAGAGUGACACAUCAGAGGACAGGCGUGUUUAUGUUCCAGCUGCUGUAGGGACCAAACAUCUGGAUCUGUUCAAACCCGAGCCAGUUUCCUGUCCUGCUUCCAGGUGUGGUCUCUCAGUACAGCUGUGUUUCAGGUGAGAGAUGGCYGGAACAUCCAGACAUGACAGAGACAUGGCCCUGAAGGCCAAACAGCAGCUGUCCACAUGUUCAGACCCCCUGGAGAAACUCCGGCUGCAGUGUCUGACCAGAGGCUCCUCUGGGAUCAAAGGUCUGGGCAGGGUCUUCAGGAUCAUGGAUGACAACGAGAACCGGUCUUUGGACUUGAAGGAGUUCCUAAAGGGUCUGAACGACUACGGGGUGAUGAUGGAGAAGGACGAGGUCUCUGAUCUGUUUCAGCUCUUCGACAAGGAUGGGAGUGGAACCAUCGACUUUGAGGAGUUCCUGGUCACUCUGAGGCCUCCCAUGUCCAAAGCCCGGAGGGAGGUGGUCCUGCAAGCAUUCCUGAAGCUGGAUAAGACCGGAGACGGGGUCAUCACCAUUGAGGACCUGCAGGGGGUUUACAAUGCCAAGUACCACCCCAAGUAUCAGAACGGGGAGUGGACCGAGGACCAGGUCUUCAGGACCUUCCUGGACAGCUUUGACUCUCCAUAUGACAAGGAUGGAAAGGUGACCAAAGAGGAGUUCAUCAACUAUUACAGCGGCGUCAGUGCUUCCAUCGACAGCGACGUUUAUUUUAUUCUCAUGAUGAGAAACGCCUGGAAGCUCUGAGAAAUCUAACCCACAGAACCACCUCCUYACCUUUUAAAACUUUCAAUAUUAAUAUUAAUUUUUCUUCUCUGCUGUCAUUUUGUUUGUCUAAAUUAUUGUACGAUAUUUAAAAUGUUACAUCUGACUGAACAAACUGAGUCUUGUCUAAAUGUGACAUCAGAUGUGAGUAAAAKCAGGAAAAUGUU